CCUCACCUCACCCCGGCCCCCACUGUCUUCUAAAGCACGCACCUCUGCCCCAAUCCCGGGGCCGCGCGCGAGCCACCGCCUCCUCCACUCACUCAACAAACCAACCCCUCAGAAGAUGGCGCAUGUGCAGAAGGUGGUCGGGUGGCUGUCAGCUGCGGCAGGGGCUGCAGGGGCUUUCAUUGGACUGCAAACUCUCACUCCAAUAGUAAGACCUUUUUCAGGGUCACAUCUUUUAUCUGAGAAUGUUCCAGGAGUUUUGUGGAAUCUAGGUCGAUUAAAUCAUGUAGCAAUUGCAGUACCUGACUUGAAGAUGGCCAAAUCUUUUUAUAAGAAUAUGCUAGGGGCCCAGGUAAGUGAGGUGGUCCCUGUUCCUGAACAUGGUGUCUCUGUUGUUUUUGUGGAACUUGGAAAUACCAAGCUUGAAUUACUGCAUCCAUUGGGAAACCAAAGUCCAAUUGAAGGCUUUCUGCAGAAAAACAAGGCUGGAGGAAUGCAUCAUAUCUGCAUCGAGGUGGAUGACAUAGAAGCAGCUGUGACAGAUUUAAAGCAAAAGAAGAUCCGUAUUCUGAGUGACAAGGCUAAAAUAGGGCAAUGGGGGUUAAGUGACUUGCCCAGGGUCACACAGCUGAAGAGAACCUUCUGGACUUCUGAUAAUGAGAGAAUUAGGACUUUUAAUCAGCAUCCUAACAGCAUUCCCAGAUUACCAGCAGUGUGUCUGCAGCAGGUGCCAAAGAUAAUUUGCACUUGAUGAGAAAAAGCAUAUUCAAGGCUCUACAAGGAAUUCAGCAAGAAAACACUAAUGCUAAAGUGAAUAUCUUAAGGACUUACAGCAAAAGGACUUCCAGGACUUUUCCCUUUGUCCCAUAAGAUCUGCAAGCAUGAGAUCACUUUCCUCCAGACUCUAUAUACUGUUAGGAAAAAGUAAACUAUUAUCACAGGCCUUUGGCGGGGAUAUUUUGUAUCAUCUCUACCACUGAAGUAAAUACCUGUUUGUAACUACUAAUAAAGUCUGAUUAAUUGAUAUCAACUAAUAAUUAUGGAAAGAAGCACAUCCAUGUACACUCAUGACUUGAUACUCCCCCUGGAUCCUUGAGAGUAUAUAUAGCAACUGUCCUCUGGAGACCUUACCUAUCAUUGCUAGUGAGAAUUAGGAGACUAUUUCUAAAAUAUUCACUACAAUCAUAAAUUUAAUAACUGUCAAUUAAAACAAUAACAUAAGGAAAAAUUUUACUCCAAAUCCUUAACCUUUAAUAAGGAAAAACCAGAUGAAUUUAUCAAGCAAAGUAUUUUUGUUCUGUGUCUCUGGCUUACCUAAAGUUUUGCCACCUUUGGCCCUGUUUCAUAUAUUUUAUCCUUUCUUUUCUUGUUGAAUAUACCUUUUAUGCCUCUCAUAUUUUAAUCUUGUGAAUGUAACAUGCCUUCUAUUUGUAAUAAAGUGAUUGUUUUCUUCUACUACA